AUGAGUGAAGCCAAAAGCCAACUUCUUGCGGUUCUUAGUGAAGCCACUUCACAAGAUUAUUACCGUAUGAAACAAGCCGAAGACAUGUUAAAACAAUGGGAGAACGCGCCUAGGUUUUUUGCCACCUUACAAGAUAUAUUUUAUGAUUCCAACAUCAACCAUGACAUUCGAGUAUUGAGUGGCAUUUACCUAAAGAAUGGCAUUGAUCGUUUCUGGAGAAAGACUGCCAAAAAUCCUAUCGAUCCCGAGGAAAAGACGGUUAUUCGUCAACGACUUCUCGGGUUUAUGGAUGAACCCAACAAGAAGCUCACUUCGCAGAAUGCAGUCAUUAUUGCUCGAAUUGCUCGCAUCGAUUUUCCUCACCAAUGGCCUGAUCUACUAAGCUCGCUCUUAAAGAUCAUUUCAAAUGCUGACAAUAGUGUCAUCCACCAUCACGCACUUGAGACACUGUAUGAAGUUCUUGCCGAACUCAGUACCCGGUUACUGACUACUGGACGCAAACAGUUUGCCGAGAUCGCUCCAGAAUUAUUUCAAGUGGUCGCACAGAUUUACAUGGGGUACGUUCAAAAGCAAAAGGAAAUCGAGUUGCAGAUCACAGCCUCUUGUAUCAAGUGUUUACGUAUCCUGAUGGUCAGUGGUAUCAAAGAUGUUCACAAGUAUGAUGAGACCAAGACAUUUAUUGCCAUCAGCUCAGGACAUUUAGCACAGUACAUGAAUUUUAGAUAUAGUCUACUUCAGAUGAAUCAAGUCAAGCUGAUUCAAGAGGUAGAAAAUAUCAUUGAAGAGUACGGCACGCUUUAUUUGGCUUUACAAAAGGCACAUCCAGUAUCUGUGACAUUAUGUCCAGCAUGGUUAGAUAUCAUUCGAUAUUACUGGCAAAACAUCAUGAUUGGACAGGGUAUAUUAGAACACCAUUUAUUACAAGGCAUGCUUUUGGUAAAAGAGACCAUCAAGAAUUCGACGCACACGACUGUCGAGUUGGACAUUUUGUCAGUGACAGACGAAGAAAAGGCAUUGGCGCUGGAAGCAGCCAAGAUCAUCAAUGAGCAAUUCGUCACGCCUGAAUUUGUCACGCUGUGUGCUGAAACGUUGAUCGGACGAUACAUGUUGUUGACACCCGACGAUUUUGCCAAAUGGGAAGAGGAUCCUGAAGGGUGGACGAAUGCUGCAGACUCUGAGAAUUGGGAAUUUGAGAUUAGACCUUGUGCAGAGAUCACAUUCAUGAGCUUACUGUCAAAACACAGAGAUCAACUUGCUCCCAUCAUGAUCAACUUAGUAGAUCGUGUGUGUGAUGUAAAUGAUCGACAAAGCCUUCUAUUCAAGGACGCAGUCUACACCGCUAUUGGGCUUGGCGUCAAUCCGCUCUAUGGCCGAUUUGAUUUUGAAUCAUUUGUAGCAAAAAGAUUAAAGCCUGAGGCUAGCAACAAGGACCCGCAGCUAAAGGUUUUACGAAGACGUAUAGCCUGGCUGCUAGGUAGAUGGAUCACAGAAAGUGUCAGUAUAGAGUGUCGUCAAACAAUUUAUCAAAUCGUUUUGGACUUGAUGGCCGAGAGCGAGGAUUUAGUGGUCAGGUUGACUGCUGUCCAGGCGCUGAAGAAUGCGGUGGAGGACUGGGAUUUUGAGACACAGAUCAUAUUACCUUAUUUGGGAAUCGCUAUUCAUCUUUUGCUUAGUAUGGUUAACCAGGUUGAAGAAGCAGAUACAUUGAUGAAGCUGAUAUCGUAUCUGUCUGCCAUCAUGGAUAGAACAGGACAUGAAGUCAUACCAUAUGCAGAUCAAAUCAUUCAGUUACUUACGCCUCUGUGGGGUCCUGGUACUGAACCCUUGCUUCAGUCUUCACUGGUUGUUGUAUUUACCAAAUUGACAAGUAUACUUGGUGAGCAAUCCAUGCAGAUACAUCAUAUUUUGAUACCCAUGAUAAGAUACUGCAUUGAUCGUAAUAACGAAGCACAUAUUUAUCUUUUGGAAGAUUCACUCGACCUCUGGUGGACCAUGCUCCAGUGUACACUACAAUCCAGCCCUGAUAUCAUGUCACUCUUACCGUCCUGCCUCGAACUGUUGGAUUACGAUACAGAGAACCUUCGAAAGGUGCUAAAGAUCAUUGAUAGCUACAUCAUGCUGGAUGCGUCAUCGACGCUGAUACCCGAACACAGCCUGAUUUUAUUUAGCAAACUAGCAGACAAGGUAGACACGUCGAGAGAACAAGCUGCUGCCUAUAUCGCGCACACGCUCGACCUAGCACUCCAAUCAGCGCCUAUUGAAGUCUAUGCGAACUCGCUUUUACAAUCUGGGUUGAUGAAUAACAUCAUUCAGUUGCUACUUCAAGGCGAGAUGUAUGGGUAUGCAUUAAUGAACUAUAUGAAUUUAUUGGCACGUUUGUCAAUGUAUGAUGCAUCCUUUGUCAUUCGACUGAUCGAAAUGAUGGCUGAUAAACAUCAGCAAAAAGAAGAUUAUGUGAAUCAUGUGCUGGACGCUUGGCUUGAUAAGUUUGAUAAUAUUAGCCAAACAAGAGCAAGGAAAUUAGCAUGCAUUGGAUUUACAAAUUUAUUAAUGACUGGGUAUCCACUGAUGAUCAACAAAUUGCCCAAUCUGAUGGCUAUCUGGAGUGACGUGGGACCAGAGAUAAAAGAGAUUGAAGGAGACGAUGAAGUAGACAUGGAAGGAGACAUUUAUGAAGUAGAAGAUAGCCCUGAAAAGAAUAGAAAGAACGAGAUCUUUCGACAGGAUCCAGUGUAUACUAUAGAUUUAAUACAGCUUAUCAGAAAGGCUGUUCAACAUCCUUCGAUCAUUGCUCUCUUGAAUCAAGUGGAUCAAACCGUAUUGAAUCAAAUCAAUGACCUGCUUAGUUCAUAA